AUGCGGGUUUUUUGACUGGUUUUGCUGCUGUGGCUUUUCUUUUCUUCUCUUUUUCUUUUCUCAGAGAGAGAGAGAGAGAGAGAGAGAGAGCUCUGCAAAUAGCAAUGGAGGCUUCUUCUUUGAAACGUUUUUCUCUGCUGUUUUUUCUUGUCCUGCUAUUUGCGGGAGCUCUGGCUGGAAAUGGGAGCGAGAAGAUGCCGGAUUCGAGGUCUACUGAAGCAGAGCAAAUCUCAACAGAAGAACACGCGAAGGCUGCGCUAGAUGGAGGGAGAUUGGAGUUGAAUACAGAGGAGCAUGUCGUGGAUGAUCCAGAAGAGGUUGCCUCUGCGGUGGAGAUGACUAUAAGCAACAGCACUGAGAGAAGGAACCUGGGCUUCCUUUCCUGUGGCACCGGCAAUCCCAUCGACGACUGCUGGCGAUGCGACCCCCAAUGGCACCGCAAUCGCAAGAGGUUGGCUGACUGUGGGAUCGGCUUCGGACGUAAUGCCAUUGGUGGUCGCAAUGGCCGCUUCUAUGUGGUCACCGAUCCUAGUGAUCACGAUGCUGUGACCCCAAGGCCUGGCACCCUCCGUCACGCAGUUAUCCAGGACAGACCCCUGUGGAUCGUGUUCCAGCGUGAUAUGGUGAUCACCCUGAAAGAGGAGCUGAUCAUGAACAGUUUCAAGACCAUCGAUGGCCGUGGUCACAAUGUCCACAUUGCCAAUGGCGCUUGUAUAACCAUCCAAUACGUCACCAACAUCAUCAUUCAUGGCCUCCACAUCCACGACUGCAAGCCCACCGGCAAUGCGAUGGUCCGCAGCUCCCCGACGCACUAUGGGUGGAGGACCAUUGCCGACGGUGAUGGCGUCUCCAUCUUUGGUUCCAGCCAUGUGUGGGUUGACCACUGCUCUCUCUCCAGCUGCGCGGAUGGCCUGAUUGACGCCGUCAUGGGGUCCACUGCCAUCACCAUCUCUAACAACUACUUCACCCACCACAAUGAGGUGAUGUUGUUGGGCCACAGUGAUUCCUACGACAAAGAUAAGGGGAUGCAGGUGACGAUCGCUUUCAACCAUUUCGGCGAAGGUCUCAUUCAGAGAAUGCCAAGGUGCAGGCAUGGGUAUUUCCAUGUGGUGAACAAUGACUACACUCACUGGGAGAUGUAUGCGAUUGGCGGAAGUGCAAAUCCCACCAUCAACAGCCAGGGCAACAGAUAUCUUGCCCCGACGAAUCGCUUUGCCAAGGAGGUGACAAAGAGGGUGGACACAUCAACAGGCAUCUGGAAGAAUUGGAACUGGCGAUCGGAGGGUGACCUGAUGUUGAAUGGGGCCUACUUCACACCCUCAGGUGCAGGAGCUUCGGCCAGCUAUGCCCGGGCCUCGAGCUUAGGCGCCAAGUCAUCUUCCAUGGUGGCUUCCAUCACUUCCGGGGCAGGCGCCCUCGGCUGCCGCAGGGGAUCGCACUGCUAAUGCAAUCCGACCUCUUCCUCUUGACAGUGUACACAUUUCAAUACACAGUCGCUGCAACAACAACAUUGUUCUCAUUUCCCCACUCUCUCCUCAACCUCCGCUCUGCUUAGGAAGCAUAGCGGAAGCGUUGCUAAUUGGUUGCUUUGAUUCCCAUCUUUUGCAUUUUUUUUUCCUUGUCUUGAGUUCUUCUUCUUGCGUAUAGGAUUGAAUGAUUUUCAUUUUAUAAUUUUCCGUCUUUUCCUUUGCUUUUGAUGUCACAGUCUCAUACGAUUUGAUAUGCGAACUUUGUCACUGAUGCAUAUAGGGGGAAAUGUAAGCAGACUUUUAUUUUACCAAAGGAAGGAAGUUCUUUCUUCGGCAAUCUAUUCUCAUUUUUUCAA